AUGCGCCUUUCGUCCUUUUUGGCCGUGUUCAGGCCUGCUUUACCCCUCAUUCUGGGGCUGUCUUUGGGAUGCAGUCUCAGUCUUUUGAUGGUGUCCUGGACGCAAGGGGACACGGAGGACCCCUGCAGAGAUGAGCUGGCUGAAGGUGGGCUCUUCCUGGGUAAAGGAGAGGCUCACAGAGGAGGGAGAGAUGGAGCUGGAGAGGAGGACUUCCAGCCAAGAAUAGUGCCAUAUCACAAGGAUCCAACUAAACCACAUAAGAAAGUCCUCAGAACAAGAUACAUCCACACUGAACUGGGCAUCAGAGAGCGGUUGUUGGCGGGUGUCCUCACCUCCAGGGCCACCCUCAACACGUUAGCCGUGGCAGUGAACCGCACAGUCGCCCAUCACUUCCAUCGAACCUUUUUCUUCACGGGCUUACACAGCCCCAAGGUGCCCCGUGGGAUGACAGUGAUAGCCCAUGGCGACGACAGGCCGGUGUGGCUGAUGUACGAGACGGUGCGACAUCUCCAUCAGCACUACGGCUCAGAGUACGACUGGUUCCUCUUGGCGCAGGACGACACCUACAUGCAGGCGGGUCGCCUCUCAGAGCUGGUGGGCCACCUCAGUGCGGGUCAGGACCUAUACAUGGGCAGGGCUGAGGAGUUCAUCGGAGGGGAGGAGAAGGCGCGUUACUGCCACGGGGGCUACGGCUACCUCCUGUCUCGCAGCCUUCUGGCUCGUUUGCAGCCGCACCUCGACACCUGCCGCAAUGACAUCCUCAGCGUUAGACCUGAUGAGUGGCUGGGCCGCUGCAUCAUCGACUAUUUGGGUCUAAGCUGCGUGGAGGUGCACCAGGGGAUGAUGUAUCGUUACUUUGAGCUGGGGAAAAACGCAGAUCCGGAGCGUGAAGACAGCCUUACGUUUAAAAAUGCCUUCACAGUCCAUCCUGUGUCGGACCCCAUCCUCAUGUACCGGCUACACAAACGCUUCAGUCAAAUAGAGCUGGAAUGGACUUAUCAGCAGAUUCAGGAUCUUCAGAUGCAGAUCAGCAACCUGAGCCACCUGACUCCUGAGGGGAAGGCAGGGAUCACAUGGCCAAUAGGAAUCAACUCCCCCUUCAAACCCAAAACCCGCUUUGAGGUCAUAAACUGGGAUUACUUCACUGAGGACCACAUUUACUCCUGCACUGACGGCUCGCCUAAAUGCGAGAUGAGAGGAGCCGACCGAGCCGAUGUCAGCGCCGUGCUGGAGGUCGCCGUGGAACGUCUCAACAAGCACUACCAGCCACAGCUCCGCUUCCGCAAAGGCCGCCUGCUGAACGGCUACAGACGCUUCGAUCCCACGCGUGGUAUGGAGUACAUCCUCGACCUGGCGCUGGAGGCUUUCACCCAGAAGGGCCACAGUCAGGUUAUCGCUAAAAGGGUCAACCUGCUCCGACCCCUUAGCGCCGUAGAGAUUAUCCCCAUGCCUUAUGUGACAGAGGCCACACGGGUGCAGGUCAUCCUGCCGGUCACCGCGCAGGAUCAGGACUAUGUCGGCAACUUCCUGGACAUGUAUGUGACAAACACUCUGGACACCCACGACAACGUGUUACUGACCUUCCUGUUCAUCUACGAUCCCUUCGACGCUCAGAGGGUCAGCCAGACUGACGUGUUCGCUGGCGUCAAGUCAAUGAUCGCAGAAGUGGAAAAACGUUACGGCGACGUGAAGAUUCCCUGGAUUAGCGUGAAGACUGAGGUUCCCUCACAGGUCAAGCUGAUGGACAUCAUUUCUAAGAAGCACCCCGUGGACACUCUUUUCUUCCUGUCAAGUGUUUGGACCGAGGUCAAUGCAGACUUCCUGAACCGCUGCAGAAUGAACGCCAUCAGCAACUGGCAGGUUUUCUUCCCCAUCCACUUCCAGGAGUACAACCCCGCCGUCAUCUACCGCGACCAGCAGCCGUCCGCCGCCUCCACCUUCGCCUCGGAGUCUCUCCGAGACGGCCACUUCGACCGGCACAUCUUCGACGAGGCCUGCUUCUACAACGCCGACUACAUGAGCGCCCGCACCAAAAUGGCCGCCGACAUUUUAGAGAACGAGGAGCUGAUGGAGACCAUGGACGUGUACGACAUCUUCGUGCGUUACUCCGGCCUGCACGUGUUCAGGGCCGUGGAACCCGCGCUGAUCCAGAAAUAUGUGCGGCGAGCGUGCAACCCUCGCUUCAGCGAGGACAUCUACCACCGCUGUGUAAUCAGCAACCUGGAGAGCCUGGGGUCCCGGUCGCACCUCGCCAUGGCUCUGUUCGAGCAGGAACAGGCCAACAGCACAUAAAGCUUUUCUCUUUUCAAUCAAGUGGUACUGAGAUGUCUGGAUCAGCCUCAAACAACCUAAAACUGUUUACGUCUCAUGGCUGAAAGGGACUCGUGUAACUUCUACACAGCGGUGAAUCGUAGCGUCGCUUCAUGAUUGGACGCUUAGCAAAAGAUGCUGCUUGAUUCCUGCUGUUAACGUUAACUCACCUUCUGUGAGUUGGUAUUUAUAUCUAUUUUUUGGUGCAUUUCAUCCGCUAUAAUCCAUGAACAAAGGCCUUCUUUGUUGACAGAGACAAAAACAAAUCAGUCGAGCCAUAAGUCUUCCUUUGUGGAGAUGUUCAAGUAUUGCUAACAAGCUGAAGCCAUUGGCUGCCUUUUUCUUUUUUUUUCCUAAGAAGUAUUAAAGAGUGAAAUUAACACUCAUCCCUGUUUUCUUUUCAUUUCCGUUUCUCAGUAUUUUAAAAAUAAUGUAUAUCUGCUGUAUUGAAGAAACGGUAACGGUGAGAUACAGCUGGAAAGAUAACUAAACAAACCAUUUUUUUAGCUCAACGUAUUUCUGUUGAGGCAAUAAUAAUCAGUAACAUAAUUACUUCAAAUAAUACAUUUAGUAAAAAGGUUAUUGUAAUCAAGUUGAGCAGUGCAGGAAAAAAGAGUAUUAAAGAUAUGUUUUUAUAAAAGCUGGUACUAUACUAGAGCUUCAUUUGGCCUCGUUCAGAAUAAGGAGUGGGCUACAUUUUCCUAACUAGAUACUGUAUAUAAUGUCAUGGGGGACUUUUUUUUUAAAC